AGAAGCUCUGACUUGGGAAGUAGCAGUAGGAAAGACCGGGAGAGUCAAGGCGUGGCCUGCAAAGCCUAGGGGAUGGUGGGGAUGGUGUAGGAAAUGGCUCCAGUAGGCCAGCAGAGCAGGAAACGGAGCGCUAAUGACUGCGAAGGUCCAGGAAGCGAUCGGCAACCACCGACUGCACCGGGAAGUGUCUGGCCUCAGCUCCAUAAGGCUGGAAUUGGUGAGCAAAGGCUCGGGGCCGGAGGGUGUCAAUUGGUCCCCGGUCACAGCGCGGAGAGGCCUCCCUUCCGUGUCCCCGCGCCGCCCGGCGCCGCCCACCCGCCGGAGUAGCCAGGCAGCCCGGGAAUCGGGGUUAGGGACCCGGGACCCGGAGGCUUCAGAGACUCCUGCUCGGUACCUACGCGCGCCGCGGCGAAGUCCCAGGGUCACGAGCCACCUGAGCCCACCACCCGCUAAAGUUCCCGCGGAGCUGGCGCGCGCUGAUGACGUAGGGCCAAGCGCGCCGCUGGAGUCAGAGCCAAUGGCGGCGGCGGCGGCGGCGGAGGCAGCGGCUCUGGCAUCCUGGCAGGAGGCAUCUCCGCGGAGAAGGCGCUCCGCAUCUCGGCGUCCGCGGCAGAGAGUAGCGGCGGCUGCAGCCCGAACCCUAAGAGCGGAUCCAGAGGUGGACAGCGGAGUCGUGCUUCGUCGCAUCCGGGAGGCCGGGGAGGACCUGCUUAUCUCUGAUUUCUGGAGUUUAGCGCUAGAAACCAUCAAAAGGUGUCUUAGGAAGCAUCUGGAACAACUGAAGGCCCCUGUGGGGACUCUUUCGGAAGCCUUUGCAAGCCUGCAUCUUGACCCAUCACCAGAUGAGUCAGAUGUGGCCCGUGGCUCCAUCUCAGAGGAGACCCUGGUCCCAGGAGCCUGCCAUUUGAAGUGUGUGUGUUAUGGCAUUGGGAACUUUGCCACCUGCGUCAUUGCCAGAAACCAACUAGCAUUUUUGCUUCUGUUCUUGGAAAAGUGCCAGAUCCCCAGAAGUCACUGCUGGAUAUAUGACCCUUUGUUUAGCCAAAUCGAAAUCACAGUUCUUAACACCCUUGGUGUGGUUGUUCUCAGUGAGAAUGAGGAAGGAAAGCGGAGUGUUUGCGGCGAACCCACUGUCUUCUACAUGCUCCACUGCGGGACGGCGCUGUACAACAACCUCCUGUGGAGUAACUGGUCAGUAGAGGCCCUUUCCAAGUUGGUCAUCAUCGGAAAUAGUUUCAGAGGACUUGAGGAGAGGUUGUUGACAAGGAUUUUGCAGAAAAAUUAUCUGUAUGUUGCAAAGAUUUUGGAAGGACUAGAGGAGCUGGCGUUUCCUCAGACUUCACAGUAUGUGGAUGUAUUCAAUGACACCUCCAUCCACUGGUUUCCUGUACAAAAGCUAACGCAACUCUCCACGGACACUUGGGUGUUUCGGGAAGAACCAGAUUACGAGGACUGUGAGGAUCUUGAAAUCAUCAGGAAUAAGACAGAAGAGCCUUCAGCCACUGACUUGAACACCCUGUAACGUGUCUGUUGUUGGCUGAGGCAGAAGCAGCCAUCCUGGAGGUUACAGGAACUGUGGCAGCUAAGAUUUAAAAUAGCAUUUUAUUCACAAGUAUGUCCGUGUUGGGUGGGUGGCCUACUUGGCCAUGUCAAUCAGGCUCUGCAGGGAGGUGGGCACCCAGGUCUUCUCCCCCUGGACAAACACCACUCCCCGGUCGAUGUAGAUGACGAUGCGGCCGAAGGUGUAGAGCUGCUUGCCUUCGUGUCGCUUCCCGAUGACAGGCAUGAAGACGAUGUUGUGCUCCUCAGCCUUGGUCUCAAUCAGGUCUUUAAAGUUCAUGGGCACGGAGCUGGCGGCCACACCAAUGCCCCGCUGGGCCAUGUUCUCGGCCUCCCGUCGCUCCUGCAUGGCCUCGUACUGGAAGUCCUUCCUCCGCUCCGUGUGGGUGAGGUAAAGAUGGGCUGAGAGUGGCUAAGCAACUACUACGUGUCAGACUGUCUGCCCAACCUCACGCCCUGAGUUGUGACACUGCAGUGGCGUACCCAACGCUGGCUGGGCAGGUGUACAAAAGCCAUUAGCACAGACAGUGGUGACGAAGGUGGGCCCUGGAGAUAGACCAUACAUGCAUCUUAACAGCAGUGAGAGAAUGAAGAGAAAUCCUAAACAAGACCCCAUGCUUCCUGACGACAGCUCUUUCGCACAACUGGCCCUACCUCCUUCUGCAGCUUGGGGAAGACGAGCUGGUCCAGUAUGUUAUCCAAGAUCCACACGGGAAUAAUGUGCACCCAGCUAUCCAGAAAGUCCACCAUUGGGUCACAGUUCCUUGGUUGCCACUGAGUGACGAUAUUUCGAACGAAAGGCAUCCAGACUUCCCAUAUCAGCCUGUGCAAGAAAGGAUGGUUAAAUGCACAGAUUGGUUGCCACGUAUGCAAUGAACAUUGCCACCAACCUUGAAAAUGAGAAUUGGAAAUGGCAAGAGCACGGCAACCCAGCACAGGAAACCGAGAGGCCAGCCCACAUAUCAGCCAGACGUGAGCUUGCAUCUUCCGUGCUGAGCACCCACUUGGCCUUGGGGCCUGUCUCCUUGGUGCCUGCCUCCCUGGCAGGAUUGCUGCUGGGUCACAGGGUCCCCUCCAAGUGUCAUCAUGUGCUUCCCCACCUAGAGCUCUCCCUGCACGGCCGAUGCCACCCACCCUUUGGGUUAUAGCUUGAACGUCACCUCCUGAGAGACCUCUGCCCCCAACACCCCCCACCCAUCCCAGGUGGGCAUCCUUGUCAUUCUUCCCAGCCUGCAGCCCACUUAUCUGUCCACUUGUUUAGUUAGCACCUGCCUUCCCCACCUCCUGGAGACGUGAGAGGCACAUCCCCAAUAGCCACGCAACAAGCCUCAGGUGAACUAGCGAAUGAACGUCAAUUCCCAGAGCGGUGCCAGCCCCACCAGGAGUACCUGUGAAAGGCGUCUGCCGAGAGGUCCUGCCCACCGUGGGACAAGAGCUGGUCAUUCUCCAGGAGGCUUUUCCACUUGGAAAUGAUCUCCGUGCCGUAGGUACAGUCCUGAGGAGAAAACGGCAGCUGAGGUAGCAGGCUGGGGCUGGGCCCUCGCCCUCCAGACCUCCUCUCAAAGCCCAGACCUGCCCCAGACAAGAGGCAGCACAUGAGCCUCCCGCCCAGUCACCUUGAGGGGGUCCCACUCCUUGAAGUAGUCCUUCAUCAGCGGGUAGACGAUGGCCACAGCCAGAUCCACACGGUCGGACAUCCUGUACUCCUCGUAGUACUUGUCCUGCAGGGUCUCGAAGAUGCGGGCACACUCGUCCAGGGUGAGGGGGUCGCUGCAGCCGGGCUGCAGGCGCCGCUCGCACUCCUCCACCAUCUCCAGGACCUUGCUUAGGUUGGAGAUGACCCGCUCUUCGUGCUCCAGCACCUCUGCCAUCUUCUCUAGCUCGUGGGACAGGUUGACCACCAUAUCAUGCUCGUACUGCAGCUGCCGGUCGUUCUGGAUGAUCUCCUGCUCCGUGAGCUCAAUGAGCAGUUGCAGGUUGUGCUCCAGCUCUGGCAGCGCAAAGCCGGGGGCCUUGGCCUCCUUGCCGGGCUGGGGCAGCUGUGACUGCAGUGGGAGCCCGUCAUCUGGGACAUUGUGCUUGUGGCUGAUCUGGCUGUAGCUAUAGUAGACCUUCUGCUCCCGGCCCGUCAUGUCUAUGACCUUGGAGAAGGCGGCAGAGGGGACGCAGGUUAACACUUAGCACUGCUGCCCUACCAGACACACACCUAAGCCCAAGGAAGGUGAGGUGCUGGUGGGAAAGCAUAGAAACCAGGCCAUUCAGCAGACCUGGAGAAGGGCAGUGUUCAUCAAAGUGAGGCCUGGGCUGCGUGACGUCAGAAGGAUGGAACAAUCAGAUGCAACGGGCAGUUCUGGACUAGGUCCCUCAGGACAAACCAGAUGGAAGAGACUUUGUAGGACAACUGCUAAAAUUUGAGUAUGGACAAUUAAGUUGAUGAAAAUAUGUUGCCAGGGAAAAGCACAGGCUGUACGGACCAAAACAGACACCAUAUACCAUUAAAAUGUCAUUUGGGUAAAAAACAUGCAUAUUUAGACAAAAAGA